AUGGUCCACUCGCAUUCUCAAAGUGAUAUAAAAGUGGCCAUUGUAAUCGGAUCAGGGUUAGCUGGUUUGUCUGCCUCCUCCCAAAUUCUUUCAAAAAGCCAUGAUAUCGAAGUUCAUCUCCUCGAACAAGCAGCUCGAACGGGAGGAAACAGCAUAAAAGCCUCUUCUGGAAUAAAUGGCGCAAGAACAUCGUUUCAACUUGCCUCGAAUCCUCCCAUUGUUGAUAGCGUCGAGGCGUUUUACAAUGAUUCGAUUGAAUCAGCAGCGGAGGCUAUGCGUGGCACUGGCGGUGGCGAAGCGGAGAUAGAUAAAAGGGAGCGUUUGAUUCGGGUACUGAGUGAGGAGUCCAAGGGAGCUGUCGAAUGGUUGGGCAGUAAGGGCGUUGAUUUUAGUGUCGUUGCUCAAUUAGGAGGACACAGUAUUGCUAGGACGCAUAGAGGAGGUGGAAAGUCUAAACCACCUGGAGCGGCUAUUGUCGGUACUCUUUUAGAGGAACUGAAAGGAAACGGCAGAUUUCAUCUCAAGACUUCGUGCAGGGUAAUCAGAGUUGUUAGGGACGAUAAAAAUGAAGAUGUCAGGGGUGUGGAAUGUAUUUGUGAUGAUGAAAACAUAGCACCGAAAACUGAAGUAUUAAUAGGGCCUCUGAUCUUCGCAACCGGUGGGUUUGCAGGUGAUGCAUAUGGGAUCUUAGCACGAUAUCGACCGGAUUUGUCCGGAAUUCCCUCCACCAAUGAACCACGCUCUGGGUCUCAAGAACUUCUCUCGAAUAUUGGGGCUGGACUUAUCGACAUGGAAAAAGUGCAGAUCCAUCCUACUGCUUUUGUGGAUAUGAACGAUAUCAACAAUCCGACUAAAUUCCUAGCAGCGGAAAUGUUAAGGGGCGAGGGCGGUGUACUUUUGAUGGGCGGGAGGAGAUUCGUAGAUGAAUUAGAAACAAGAAAGAUUAUUACUGGGAAAAUAAUGGAAGUUGAUGGAACUGUAAGGAGUGAGGGGCACCCAAAACAGUGGGAUGUGAAGCUUGUGAUUGAUCAGGGGGUGUAUGAGAAGGCAAAAUCACAUGUAGACUUUUAUUUAUGGAAGGGUUUGAUGAGGAAAUGUACUAUUGCGGAAGAAAUUCUUGGAGAAGAUGCAGUAAGGGGGUUGCAGAGGUAUGCAGACGCUGUAGCAAAGAGGUCGAAGGAUGAGUUUGGUAGGAAAUCUUUUGGAUGCUGGAAAUUGAAUGAGGUGAAACCCGAUUCGGUAAUAUACGUAGGAAAUGUCACUCCGGCAAUUCAUUUUACGAUGGGAGGGGUAAGGAUUGAUGAGCAAGCAAGGGUUUUGACUACAGAAGGGAACAUAAUCCCGGGAGUUUGGGCAGCAGGAGAAGUUACCGGAGGAAUUCAUGGGGAUAAUAGGCUGGGUGGCAGUUCAUUAUUGGAAUGUGUUGUCUUUGGGAGGAAGGCUGGAGAUGGUGUAUUGAACUCAUUGGGGGGUCCAAUACAAGAGUAG